CCUUGACUUGUAACUUGCCCAUGUUGUCUCGAUUUUUUCUUUACUCUCUCUUUAGGCAUUUUGACAACUCUCCUUCGAUACAAUAUACCGAAAUGUGUUCAAAUUUUAUUAAAAAUUCGACAAUCCUUCGAUUGAAAAUUGAUUUAGUUUAUAACACGAAUAUUACACCACGAAUUUCCAACAUGUUGAUUGCAAUCCGCUGAUGUAUUGCGGGCUCGAAAGAAAAUCAACUUCAGAACUUCAGCAUGUCUCUAUGAUGUGGUGUUGUUGAAAAUCAAACAGGAAUGAGAGGUUUGUAUGAUUAGUUGAAAAUUGAAGAAGGCAUGGUAUGUCAGGAUGGUUGAAGAAGCUGGUAGAGCGCUGGAAUGGUUACCGUUAUCGUUUCGUUCCCUGGAUCAUGGUUAACUUGAAGAACAGGUAAAGGCAUGCAGGGCUGUACUCUGUAGGGAAGAGGAUAAAGGGGGGUAGUAUCACAUUUGUCGACAACAUUUCAGUCAAUAAUUAAUAUUUUUCCCCAAAAUUCUUGGCGAGGGGGGGGGGGGGUAGAAAAUUUGAUGAAUUUGACAAUACGUCCGGAAAGGACGUAUCAUUUUUCCGGACAUAUGGAAAUUUUUCCGAACUUAUCAUCUAUAAAAUUGUUAACUUUUUCCGUACUUUUACCAAUUUUUUUUAUUUUGAGCCAUUCAAAUAUUUUCGCUGACUACGUAAAACAAUUUGCCGAUAAAUCCACCUACAGUAUUUGCAGAAUCUAGCUGACAUUUGCUGAGUCCGUUAUGAAUCCCCCGAUUGUUGUACACCCCCACACCCACCAUCAAUCAAUGAAUGAAUUGAUCAUCAACAUAUCAAACUGAUAGAGGAGACAUUGAUAUUUGAUCAGUAUCAACAAUCAUUGGUUUGUAUUGAUUGGUAUUUGGUCAAUCACAUGGAACAAGUUGGUCCGCAACGGCCCCAUUAAUUGAGUUGGCCAGUUUAGUAGAGGUGCAUAGCAGCCGCUAUUGGGGGAGGACUUGUGAGUGGGAAAUAUUAAGGCGGUAAGAAUUAGCAGGUGUGAAAAACCAUCUGCCGGUUUUCCAUAUAUUUUUCAUUGCCGCCAAUUUUAAUUAAUAUGCAGGCUACUCGUUUAAGUGAUUGAUCUGCUUUCUACAUUUACUGUAUUACCUCUUGUUUCAAAUUUGUGAUUACAUGAGAACCAAACAGGCUUGCUUUGCUGGGCCACAGUUGUUUCUCGCUGAGCCAACCAGUGAACUUUGUAUACAUUUGGAAUUCAAAAAAGUGAAGUCAAGAUGGAGGUAUUGGCAGACAUUCCAACUACUGGAGGUAAAAUUUAGGGAGACUGUUCAGUGAAUGAAAUCUAGUUCUUCUGGGAAAAAAUAAUAAAAAUUAAGUCUUCUGGAAUGGUGCGUUUCCUGCAUUUUGGGAAUAUGUUGUUAUAAGUGCAUGAUCCUAUAAAUUGCCACAAAGUAACUUCAUAAAAAGGUCAAGACAGGCUAUUAAUAAUGUUGCCUAAAAACAGUAUGUUUUUUAUUUUAACGACAUUUACUGAAUAUUCUGAAAAAUCGGGAGAAUUUGAUAUAAAUCGGGAGACCAGGAGAUUGCAUGAAUUUUCGGGAAACUCCCGGUAAAAUCGGGAGAGUUGGAAUGUCUGGUAUUGGACAUCAUUCUAUUGUUUUUGUUUGUAUAGGUAAUAGCCUGGUUUCGAGUGCAAUUUGGAUAUAACAUGCACAAGUGAAUGUUUCAAAGACCUCAAAAUAGCACGAGUCCGAAGGCCGAGUGCUAUUUGAGGUCUUUGAAAAACUCACAAGUGCAUGUUUAUCCAAAUUUCAUGAGAAACCAUGCUAUUACGUAUUAAUAAUAAUUUUACAUAAAAAUGUUGACAAUUGUAGUUUUAACUUACGUUUAUAAUGAACAUUCCACUGGCAAAGUUUUCCUGGCUUUGUUACAUGUAUAUCACAAUAUUAUAUAUACAACACCAACAGCUUGAAAAUUCCACUCAACUAUGUAAGUUUUGUUAGUCUCGUUUAAGAUAUAGGCUUUUCCAUUAAAAAAAAAGAUAAAAGUCAACUUUUACUUUAUGUAGCGCGGCGCCGUGUUUGUUUUGUUUAGAAGUAAUCUGUGACCGUUACUUCUUUAAACUAAACUGCUUUAAACUGAUUGCCAAUGGUUGGUUUUAUCAUCACAUUGUUUUUCCACUAAUCAGAUCAGUUUGUUACAGAUUUUUGCACUGUGAUUACAGAAAAUUGCACUGUGAUUACAGAAAAUUGCACUGUGAUUGCAGAAAAUUGCACUGUGAUUACAGAAAAUUGCACUGUGAUUGCAGAAAAUUGCACUGUGAUUACAGAAAAUUGCACUGUGAUUGCAGAAAAUUGCACUGUGAUUGCAGAAAAUUGCACUGUGAUUGCAGAAAAUUGCACUGUGAUCACAGAAAAUUGCACUGUGAUUACAGAAAAUUGCACUGUGAUUACAGAAAAUGCACUGCAGUUUGGGAUUAACUGCACUGAAAUCAACCAAUUACAGUCGAGUCAUAUUUUUUAUGUAUAUUAUUAGCUUGGUUAACACAAAGCUGCAAAGAAUGUGCUGAAAUUUUGUGUUUUGACCUUGAUACCAUGGUGUUAUGAACUGAUACAUGUUUAGAAAACAGUCCAUGAGAAAAACCAUCUUCAUAGAUAUUGGAUAUCAAUUUCUACCAUCCUGGCUUCACUGUUCUCACAUGUCAAAUGACUGAAGUGGUUGCUCCAGAUAUAUAUAGAGCUCAUAUAAAGUUGAAAAUUUAGCAUUUCCUCCAUGUACAUGUUAUUGCUUUUGGUUGUCCCUGCAAAGCAGGCUGAAAAAUGACCAUACAAAUAGUUUUAACGAAGCAACUGUAUUUUAUGCACAAACAAGCAAUAAACCUGUUUAGGCCGAUACUGAGAUACCAACCUCAAUGUAAGGCAACCUCAUACCACACUCUUUCCUCUACAUGCACUCCGUCCUUCCUGGAGGUUGAAAUAUAUUUUAAGGUUUCAUUUUAGCGUUCCAUGAAAAUGUGACUGAAGAGACACCAAAUUCAAACCAGAGUUAUGAAAUAUCCCCUACUGUACCAUGCUGUGCUGAGUGGUUAUAUUACUACCUUAAAAAAUAAGCAGAAACUCACUACUGUACCAUACAUUUCAGGUCUGAAUGUUGCGGGCUAACUGAAUUUUCCAAUUUCAUUUAAAUUGCAGAUUUUUUCAUCUGAUUAACACCCUGUCCCUGUAGAGUAGUUUUCUUGCUUGAUAUUAAAGAGUGAGUAUCAUGCCAGUGAUCUUUUGCACGUUUGUGUUUACGUUUUAUGUUUACAUUCGGCUGUAUCUCAUCAAUACACGUACAUCACGAACGUUUUGGAUAAAAAUCCCGCAAAAUUUCAAAAGAUAAAACCCCUUACUUCGUUAAAAAGACGAAGUAGAGUUGUUUUUCAAUCGGAUUCAGAUAAAUAUGGGCCAGUACAAAUUAAAUCUCGAAGAUCACUCGUAAAUAUCUUAAUAGUCAGCCAUUUUCUGGGCCGCCAAGCGCCUAAAGGCUCGCUGGCAUGAUACUCACUCUUUAAAAUAUUUUCGGGCGAGGGUUGGCAUUAAAAUGCAUUUCUAGUAGUCCUUAUAAACGCUAUAUAAAACUGAAUUUUUUCAAUAGUGCAACACCAAAGUGACAAUAACAAAACAAAAAUGACCAAAAAGCAACGAAGAUAUGUUUAACAAAAUUUGUAUUACAAAAAAGCAACGAAGAUAUGUGUACCACAAUUUGUAUAAAUUACAGCUCCUGGAAAGCACUAUCCACCUCCCAAGUAUAUGCUAAUAUGUUUCAGUCUUUCUUAGUGUUCAAAUUGUGAAAGAUAUCUUUUAAUUAUUUUAACAAACAGACAAGUGAGAAAAGUCCUUGGCUCAUCAAAUGAUAAAACCAUUCAUGAAGGAACAGCUCUCCAAAUCUUGGAUAGAUACUUCAGUGAACUUGACAAACAUGGUGCAAGAGGAAAUACAACUUUGAAUGAGAAAAUAAUGGAGAAUACUCUUGGCUUCUCAAUCACACGUUCACCAAGUAAUGUGUCGGGAACUGGAGUUUUUGUUUCAUGUGGUAGAGUAAAGAAAGGAAGCCUUGUUUCCAUAUAUCCUGGUAUGAUUGAUAGUAUUCUUCAAUCCAUCCUUGCUCAAACUACUCGACUGCUAACUGAUAAUACAUUAUUCUGGUAGCAAUUGUACCAUGCAUGCAUUGUAUUCAUUAAUGCAUCAGUUCACUCGUGAAAUGUUCUUCAUUGCUUGUUUGAGACAGUAACUUUAUGUGUACGAACUAAGGUUUUUAUCACAAGAGAGACAAUAUAAUUAUGCAUUUCUUCUUAUUUUUUGUCAUAUUCCAGGGACAGUGUACCAAUCCCACGAACCAAUAUUUUUUCAGUCUGUUGCCAAUCCAUUUAUCUUCAGAUGCAUUGAUGGAAUCUUAAUUGAUGGUAAAGACACUGGUUUGUCCAGAAUGAUUUAUAGGUAAGAUUUAGUGUGAAUAAUUGUGUUAAUAUGUGUUUAUUGGAAACUAGACUAUUGUUUUUGGAUUAUUUUAUGAUCCACAUACUUACAGCAAAUCCAGCUUACUAGGUACUGGGCCAACUUGGAUCCAGAUAAAUAUUAAUUUGAACAGAUUGAUUAAUUUAAAGGAGAACGGAUACUCGUGCAACCAGGUAGGCGUGGCACAGCAACUACACAAGAGUUACUUAAAAAUAAAUUUAAAAUUUGUAAAAAAUAUGUGGUUAUAAUUUCAAACUUUCCUAUUGACGAUAUUGAAAUAAUUACGUACUGUAUAUUGUCUUUAUAUAUAUAUAUAUAAUUUGACAAUUUAUAUGGCGCGUUCUACAUGACGAAAUGAGCGAAAGUGCCUUACAAGUAUGCUAAAAAAGCUUUAAAUGUUAUUAGCAGGAUCUUAAAAUUUACCCGAAAUUUAACAGGUAACCAAUGUAACUUGAAGAAGUGGCGUAAUGUGACAAAACUUAUGUUCCAUAAAAACCAGCCUGGCGGCAGCAUUCUGCACUCUUUGGAGUUUAUCUAGUUGGUAUACAGGCACACCGUAUAAUAAGCUAUUGCAGUAAUCUACCCUGCUUGUAAUAAAUGAGUGAAUCAAAGUCUCUGCUGCAUCCUGUGACAAAUACUUCCUUAUGCGUCUAAUAUUAUGAAGAUGAUAGAAAGCCGCACCGCUGAUCUUGGUAAUAUGAGUCGCCAUGGUAAAUUUGGCACGGUUUUUAAUAAAUUGCUCUCCUCUUACCCUGGUUCCAGAGGUUCUUGUGCCGCCGUAUUAUAAAUUACGUAAUUUGUACGAAGGAACGGCGAACUUAACGGCCGUUCCUUCGUGCAAUCAAAUUACGUGAAAUAAUACGGCGGCACCUCUGGAACCAGGCUACUCUCCUCUCAGUGAAAUCAGAAAUCAUAUUUUCAUGCAUAUUUUUCUGAUAACCGGGGUUAACAAUAACGUACUAAGUACAAAAUGUUUCUUUCAUAAUCAGAUCAUGUGGACAUAGAGACUUGGUUGGCAACAACUUUACAUGUGAUAUGUCAUGGCUUACACCCAGUCCCUACAACCUCCUAGCAAUUGGACAAUACGUGAAUAAUGGUACACGUGAAUUUCCUGCUAAUGUAGCCUACCAGGAAUUGGAUAUUCCAAGCAGUUUCCCUUUGCAAUAUUUACACUUCAUUCCCAAUGUGAACUAUAGUUUCAAGACUUAUAAAUCAGAAGAACUUCAUGUUAGGGUAGUUGUUUUGGUUGCACUCAGGGAUGUAGUACAAGGUGAAGAAUUGUUCUCGUCAUAUUUUACUGUUGUUCACUAAGAGAUGUUAAUUACUGGAACUGUUUUUAUUUAUCUUAAUUUUUUAAAUGUUGAGUUGAUUCUGAUUUUUCAUCUUUCGAAAGCUAUAAUCUAUUAAAGGACAGGCGCAUGGACGCCGCCAUUUCACUGACAUAAUACUCUGAGCAGGGAAUUUCGCGAAAUAUAAGAUGAAACAACAUCUGGGUUUGACAGAGAGCCACAAGCGCAGAAGCCCUGAGGACGAGGUUGGGCUUGACAAUGAUAUUUUUAUCUGUCUGAUAAUACUGUAGCUUUAAGGAAAUCACAUUAUCACAGUUAUCUUAUAAUUACGUCACACAGCGUCUAAAGUAAAUCACUUUUCGUGUCAACAUUCAAAGUUCGAAACGUUUCAAUGCUAAGUUAUAGUCAGAUAACAUUUUACCGUUGUCAGUGCGGUUAUCAAUACACGGAGGACGUUGUAGGAACUUUAGUGACCCAUUCGCCCUGGCGGCUCGUGGGCCUCUUUUUGUUUUUACAAUGACGUCAAACUGUGCACACAUCUUUUAACUGAAUAUCCAAAUUUGGAACCAUAUCACUGGGUUUUAUCAAACACUAUCCUACAGUACAUGGCCCAUGUGUGAUGCUUCAUAACUUUCUUAUACUUACAUGACUAUAUAUAUGGUUCGAUGGUAACUGAAUAUAUGCAUUAUAUCUGUACUGAACCACACUAAAUCUUCCACCGCGUGUAGGAAGGUUUCAAUAACCACUAUCAUGCACUUGAUUAUUCACUGAAAGAUGGUGCCAAGUGAGUGUCACACAUUAUUUAAGUAUUUACCUAUUCUCAUUACUGGAAGAAAAAAUCAAAGUUGUUUAUUUAAUUAGCAAUUACAAUUUAUUUACUGGCAUGCAUGUUAUUUACAAAUUGGUUCAUUCAUAAUUAUGGACAAGGUAUAUUCGACCACAUUAGACCAUGGUCGAUGAAUUGAAUUACUACUAUUGUUAUUAUUUUUGUCCGGUGGGAUGAAGCCUUCGCCGAUAUUACUUCAUGCUACAGGCUUUUCUGUGCGAUACCUUUCCCAAAACGAAAACUUUUUAUUCCCAUUUUUAUUUGCUUUGUUGUUCCCUUCUAGCCUUAUCAAGAAAUACUGAAUAGGUUUGAAAUUGCUCUCGAUUUCGCAAAACAGCUAUUAGUAUCCAGUUUUUGAUAUACUAUAUCUUCUUUGGGUACUUAUAAUGUAGAAUAAAGAAAAACAUUUCUCGAACUCAAAUUUUUUUGAACCAGGGGGGUCUUUUCCAACAAACUAAAAAAUGGCUUGCGCUCAAAAUUUAAAAGCUUUAAUCGUAUUUUGAGUUAAUGGAUGGAAAUUUGUUGGGUUUUUAAUUACUGUACAAAAUUUAAGCCAAUUUGCUUCAGUUUAAGCCUUCAACUAUCCACGCAAACUUACAUUUUUUCCUAAAAAAUCAGCCUUUUCCAUGCUUAAUUAUGCCUUUGCCUAAUUUGCAUAUGUCUGAUUGUUUAGGGAAAAACGAAUUGAACUAAAGCAAAUUGUCUAAAAUUUUGUAAAGUAAUUAAAAACCCAACAAAUGUUCCAUCCAUUAACUCGAAAUACGAUUAAAGCUUUUAAACUUCGUGCGCAAGCCAUUUUUAGUUUGUUGGAAAAGAAACACCCCCUGGUUUACACAAUUUGAGUUCGAGUAUUUUUUUUCUCAUGGAAAUGGAAUCUAUAUAUAUAUAACAAAAACUUGAUACCACGAGCUGUUUUGCGCAAUCGAUAGCAAUUUCAAAUCUGUUCAGUUUUUUUAUACACCCUGUAUAACUUGUAAGGUCUGUGCUGCCAUGCCCAUUAUGGUAGACAAACGAACGCCUACCACACUGAAAGAAAUGUCUUCUCUCAGAUUUCCAUGAACACUCCUAGCAUGAAAAGCUAGACAAUGUUCAAACAACUUGUUCUUGUUGGCAGGCAGUCUGGGAAGCGAGAUCAGUGGAUUAAUACGUUUUCCCUUGCGAAAUAAAGUUUCUAUUCUAUUAUAUGAAGUAAAUGACAAACGUCCUAGACUUAUAGAUCAGCGGAAACUGGCUACGGUCCUAACAAAAGGCCUAUAUCCUCGAAACACUUUUGUCCAGAAUCAUAAUUAUAUGCUAAAAUGUUGUUAGCCAUAAACAACAUCACUUGAGUAUACCAAGUAAAGAUAGGAGCUCGGGGUUCGGAUCCAGAUGCGGCUUUGUGAUUCUUUCUUGAUCGCCAUUUGAUUGUUUUUGUUCUUGUUUUGGUCGUUGUUUAUCAUAAAAUGUAAGUUUGAGUGGUUGAGGUUGAAAAUGACCAACUUCAUAAGCCACAACCGUCGCAUGAUCAAGUUUACCAGGAAUUGUUUUCCUCUUUUUUUCAAAAUCUUCUUUCCUGCAAUCUCUGUUUUGCUCCAAGAACAUUCUCUUCUCUCGUGUGUUCUGUAGAACAAAAUUCAUCAGUUUCGCACAAAGUUCUUUGGCAGAGCUUUCUUCACCACAAGGACUUUCUGAUUCUAUUACCUACAAAA